AUGAACCACACAGCCCCAGUAGAAAUAUGCUCCGAUUGUAUGAGAUUUCUCAUCACACACAACCCAGCUGGUGCUACUCUCAACAAGUUCACAGAGGAGCUCAAGAACUAUGGUGUUCGAGGUUGUGAAGCAACCUAUGACAAAGCUCCUGUUGAAAAAGAAGGCAUCAGGGUUUUGGACUGGCCUUUCGAUGAUGGUGCUCCACCUCCUACCCAGAUUGUGGACGACUGGUUAAAUCCGUUGAGAGAGAGACUUCAUGACGAUGCUGGAUGCUGCAUUGCUGUGCGCUGUGUGGCAGGACUGGGACGAGCUCCAGUUCUUCCUGCACCAGCAUUGAUUAAAUCAGGAAUGAAAUAUGAAGGUGCACUUCAAUUUAUCCGGCAGAAAAGACGUGGAGCUUUUAAUUCAAAGCAACUACUUUACCUCGAGAAAUAUCGGCCAAAAUUACGUUUGCGCUUCAGGGCGCCUAAUAGUACCAGCUGCUGCAUCCAGUAGCAUUCUAAGACCAGACUGUAGACAUCCUGGUGACACGAACACACAAUUGAGAUGU